UUCUGGGUUUUUCUGUCCUCCUUCACAUUUCUGCAUAAAUAAGUAGCCUAGUAAAUUGUGAUUCCCUAUUCAGUUUCAAACUUACGCCAAUCGUUACGUUUCAAUUGUAUCUGUGUCCACAUAUUUUUAUUGUCUACAUAUAAGUUUUGAAUACGAAUCCGCCAAUAGAUAGGUUUUGUGCGAAAUGGCUACAAUUCCAAUAAAAUCGUUCACUGUCUUCUUGGCUUUUGUCGUUUGCUGUUGUUGCCAAUCAGACAACAUCGAGAUUUCUUCUUCUUGGACGAAACUACAAAUCGCACCGGAUGCAUUUAGUUCUAUGAGGUAUGGGAACUUUCGCAUUGAAAUUUACGAACACGUCAAUAAUAAAAAAGCAUCGACAACUGCCAGCGACAAAAAGUAUUUCUACGCUCCUAUUGCGCUACUGGACCACAUGAGUGCCGUUAGUACUUAUAACAGGUUUACGAAACAGCCAGAGAUGAGAUUCCGCAUUGAAAUGUGGAACGACAAAGUCGAAAAUGAAGUGAAAAAACAUUUGAUUGAAAUCGUUCGCCAUGAAAUUAAAUCUGAUAAAGUGAGAGUCAUUCCCUUUGAGAAGGUCAUUAUCAGGAGCAACUCACCCACGGAUGAUUAUUCGAUUUCUCCACUGUGGAAGAAUUAUGACAAAAGCCAAACCCUUUGGUUUUCUCUGUCGUGUUUUGAAAAAAAUAUUUGCGACGAACUGGCCAGUGAAAUGCGAUCCGAUCCCAAACAUUUAGACCAUUUAAAACUUCUUUACAGUUUUUCAACACAGACGUGGCAAACACAACAGGUGAACAUCAGCUUCGACAGUGUCACUUCCAGCCAAAUGGCCACUACUCUUUUACGGAAAUUCAGAGACAGAGAAGAAGUUUUCCUGACGGCCAACGACGAGAAGGAAAUGUUGGCGGAAAUGGCCACCAACAUCCGAAUGGACACAUUUGAUGACUUCGAUGUGGGAUCUCCAGACACGGAGUUUCAAAUUUCAAAUAUUUUAAAGGAUCUGCUGGUCGAAUCUAGGACGACAAUAAAAGAACAUAGCAAAAAAAUGUGGGAUUCUGUUUUCUGGAAUGAGGAAAAUUACCGACCGGACAAAACGACAAAAGCUUUGAAUGAAAUCAUCAACAAACUGGACAAGGAAACUCAAAAGAAACUGGCGGAUCUGUUUCAGAAAGCGGAGAAGCAAUCAGAAAUAAUAGAAAAAUUAACUUCGGGUAAUAAAGAGAAAAGACAAGAGGAACAACUUCGUUGCGAAAAUCAACCGAAAGAUGCAGAUUUAAAUGAAAUGAGGAGAUCCCAGUCAACGGAUCAAGAGCAAUCCAGCCGUAAUCAGAUAGAGAAAUGGGAACUUGCCAAGAAUCACUCGGAUGACCAAAAUAUUAAUUUAGCAAAUAAAGAAAAAUUUCAACACAAUUACUUUCCAAAUAAUUGGGAUAACCUAGACAGAAUCAGUUCAGUUAUUUCAGGGAAAAUGGCAAACGAUUCCGGUAGUUUUAGCCAGGUCGAAAUUUUGAAGGAAGACGUAAAAAAAUUAUUACAAAAAAGUAGAAACCACGUCCAAUGGGACGGACAGAAAUUCGUGCCAAGACCCAUCCAACUGAGCAGAAUCAAUUUGGACAAAUUUCGCGACUCUCAAUCCUUUCAGGAUCGUAACGUCCGUGUCCGUUACAUGCACGCCGAACUGUCAACACCGAUCAAACUAAUGGAACACGCAGAAUUGACUGUUGUUAACGAAUGGAACAAUCUGAAGGACGAACUCAAAGCCACUACAGAGCUCUUGAGCACUACCGUGAACAACUUGGUGAAAACGAAUACUGAGUUAAGUAAGGUGAAGGAUGCUUCAACUAACUCGAGAAUCGAUUUAACUAAUAAAUUAGAAGGGACUAAAAAGGAGUUGGAGAAAAGUAAAAUCGAAAUAGAGAAAACGAGGACCAAUGUUAAUAAUUUAUCCACAAAAUUAAACGCAACCUCAAAUGAUUUGGAAACGACAAAAACAAUUUUGGCCUCAACAAGAACGGAAUUGGGCAGCACGAAGUCCGCCCUUACGGAUUUGGCAACAAAAUUUAAUGUCCGAACGAGUGAAAUAGUUGACAUUGGUAAAAUGCCAACCUCUUGUGCCGAUCUGGAGCGAAUGGGACACAAACUGAGUGGAUUCUUUUCUGUUAAAGGAUCGAAAAAGAUAGAAACUGUUUUCUGCAACUUUUAUCCUAAUCAAAAUGACAAACAAAAAUGGAUCGGAUACACCAACGUCAAAUCAGCGAACGUCUAUUUCUACGUCCAAAGAAAUUCUACAUUUCACAUAGAAUCAACUCCGAUUCCGUUCGAGUUGGCGCGGGUGAACGAGGGAAACGCCAUGAAUUUGACAUCGGGGAAAUUCACGGCACCACGACCUGGAAUUUAUUAUUUCUCAUUCACAGGAUCGGCGCAUUUUGCAUCGUCUUCUUCUUUUUAUUCUAGUCUUAUAUUAAACGGGAAUCUAAUCGGGAGGGGUCGCAUUGACCAUGCAUACAGCGUCGCUAAUCAAAGGACUCCGGUGACCCUCCAGUCGACGCUGAACUUGAUAAAAGGCGAUCAAGUCUGGGUGACGAUUAAUUAUUCUGGUGCAACCGCGAGUUUUUAUUUGUAUGAAGAUGGUUCCCAGCACUACACGCAUUUCACGGGUUUCAUGUUGGAGGAGGAAGUUGUGACGUCAUUUUGAGGUUUUGUGUUGAACAUUAAAAUGCACAAAAUGAUCGUCGGCCCAAAAAUAAAUUUUUUCAUUGGAUAAUGUAGAGGAGAAUGGAAAAUAAUUCAUUAGCCUAUAGGGUGGGAAUUUCUUUUAAAAAAUUUGGCUUAUGUAAGUAGACUUACUGAAUAGUGAAUACACAAACAAAUUUGUAAGUGU